ACUUGCAUAACUGUAUUGGACUUUAAGACGUUGUGUUUACAACUAUUCAGGCAAUGGACAGCAGGAUCAGACCGCUUGGCCUGGCCGGGCACACCGCCAACCCUCUCAGUGGCUUGCAGGUGCCUCAUUCCCUCCUGCGCCCUCCGCAUCUCAUCCUCCGGGGUUGUAACCCCGCGCUAGAGAGGGGAUACCCCCGCACCCCGAAGUGCGCCAGAUGCAGAAACCACGGCGUUGUUUCCGCGCUGAAAGGCCACAAGCGUUUCUGUCGCUGGAGAGACUGCGUGUGCGCAAAGUGCACUCUGAUAGCGGAGAGGCAGCGGGUGAUGGCCGCGCAGGUGGCACUGAGGAGGCAGCAGGCUCAGGAGGAGAGCGAGGCCCGGGAGCUCCGGCUCAUGUACCCCGGAUCGGGGAUCGUUGGGGAAACAGGGAUCCCUCAGGCGGCAGCCGUUUGCCCCGGGGGGCCUGCAGCUACCAGCAACACUCCAACAGCUCCCAGUUUUGAUGUUUUCGGAACAGAGAACCAAAAACAUGAUGACAAACUGAGCAAGUACAACUUUUAUAACGGAUUCAUGGGUCGACCCCUAUUUGCAUCCCACACCGCGCGGCUGCCCUCUCCAAUUGACAAGAAAGAUCUGUCUCCAAACAAGGACAACGCCGCUGCAUUCAAUGACAGGGCAAGUCCAUCCCCAGUAUUUGAUCAGCGCUCAGACCACAUAGAGAGUCCACAGAGGUCACUGUCCUCGUCGGAUCCGGAGUCAGGCAGCGAGUCGGAGAAACCCAAGGACUACCGGAGCCUGGACCAGGACCCUACUGAUAUCAUGGCCAAAAUCUUCCCCCAUCAGAAGCGGGACACGCUGGAGUCUAUGGUGAGAACAUGCAAAGGCGACAUUGUCAGAUCAAUUGAACUGGUGUUGAGCUCCAAAGGGAACAAAAUUGACUCUGAUAGCGUGUCUCUGUCUAAUCACGCAAACGCACUCAGGCCUUCUGUUGGAUUGCCUGCAGCGCUUGGUGCUCUGGGGAACAAGUCUGCGUUCUCCCCGCUCCACAUGCCACCGACGGCCGCUGACAGUCUGUACGGGCUCAGCCCCCGCCUCGGUGUCAGUCCCUUACGGCUGGCCUAUUCCUCUGCAAACGGCGGCAUGGCAGGUUUUAUGUCACCAUACAUGCCAGUGUUUCCACUGCGUCCACCCUUGGACUCAUAUUCCUUCCCGGGUAUGAUCCGAGGCUUGUCUUACCUUCAGAGCAAGGAGUCACUGUGCAGUACAGGUCUUUACACAAGACUUAACAGUGAAAAAUGA